UCAGUCUCCAAUGUGGUGAUAACUCCCAACAACACAGACUUAGUGGAGUUCAACAGCUCUGUCAGUCUGUCCUGCUCCUCCUCUGGCUCCUCCCCCUUCUCUUACCACUGGCUGAAUGGCAGCUCUGAAUUCACAGCCAGUGAUGGAGUUCAGCUUGGUGAUGGGAGCAGCACUCUCACCAUAACCAAUGUGACUCGAUAUAACCGGGGGCUGUUCAUGUGCGUAGUGUCCAACCCCGUCAGCUCUGACAAAGAGACACUAAUACUUUACAUCAGCUGUGAGUGUCUAACUCUUAAAUUAUUUGCAUGUUGAUUGAGCCACUUAGGUCAACUUUGAUAGUUCACUUUCAUGUAGUUUGUGUAGUCACCUCUUGACUUAGUUCCCCGGAAACAGCAUCUACUUAAAAAUAACAAGGCUUGAUGAAUAUGGUGCUUUUGGUUAAAGGAUUGGUUCACUAUUUAUUUACCAAAUCUCUAUUUUUUAUGUAAAUGGCAUGUUAUAGAAGGGUCCUGACACUUUUUUAGCGAUUUUACUUGGUUUUGAUAAACCAUCCUCACCCGCAAUAGGCUUCCUCAUUGCUCAUUUUGUAGUAUGGGUGCUACAGAAAAACAUGAACAUAGGCUCCAAAUACAUCCUUUUAGAAACAGCACUGCUCUCAGUAUAGUGAUGCAGGUCUUUAGAUAUUGUACACACAAAUUGUGUAAUUUUGAACUUUAUCCGCAACAUUAUUGUAACAGACGCAGGGAGUCAGGAAGCAGGUGCAGUUAGUUGAUAACAAAAUAGUGUUAUAUAAAGGUAGGUAAUCAAGGGAGUCCAGGUGUGAUUGAUGAUGAUGAGAUGCAGGUGUGCGUAAAGAUGGGUUGCCAGGACCAUUGGUUAGUAGACCGGUGACGUUGAGCGCCUGAGCUGGGGAGCGGGAGUGGACGUGACAGUGGGACUGGACGUGACAGUAAUAUUCCAUUUGGUGCGACUCGAGUGGUUUCCCCCUAACCAGCUGUGCUGCGCAUGCUACACGGACAAGCAACACAGCUGGUAGGGGGAAAUAGCUUGAGUCGCACAAAGUAGAAUAUAACGUUAUGGAUAAAGUUAGAAAUUACACAAUUUCAUGUGUACAACACCCUUUCUUUAGCAUGCAAUUUACAUCAAAAAUAGCCAAAACCAAUCCUUUAAGGCCAUGAAGAUGUUUUCCUUGCUUCAUAUACUGUAUCAUUAACACAUCAUGCUUUAAAAAUAUGUUCCCAUUCUGUGGCAUGCCUCAAUGGUCUUCAUGGGUCAUUUUAAAAUGUUUUGUCCCUAAGCUGUCAUCACUAUUGUGCGUGCUGGGUGACUGAUUGUGUGGUUGGUGGUGAUGGGACACUGAAGCUAGAUACACAAUAUUGAUAACAUGGACCCAUAAUAAUAAUAAAUGGUCCAAUGGGUCAUUAACAUGGUCUAGAAAGUAUCUGUUGGUCAACUUCCCCUCUUUAAUGGUGGCGUUUUUACAUGGACCAUUCAUUACAGAUGGUCCAGAAAAGGCAAGAAUGAAGGUGACCCCUCCAGAUGUACUGUAUGGAUCAGGGUCAAACCUCACUCUGUCCUGCUCCUCUGAGUCCAGUCCUCCUGCCCAGUUUCAGUGGGCUAUGAAUGGAACGCUGCUGUCCAAUAAGGGACCAGAACUCAGGCUGGAGAACAUCCAGGCCAGUCAGAGCGGUAGCUACAGCUGCUGGGCCCAUAAUACCAGAUACCCUGAGGUACCAGACACCUGAGCCCUCUGACAUCACUGUGCUGGGUAAGUGGUAGAGAGGAGAAGGAGACAGUCAUGGGAGGAAAGGGAAACUGGUUCUGGGGUGUCAUGGUGGAACUGACUGAAAUGCUUGAGGUUUGUGCUCAAGUCCUAUCCAAGAUGUUUGAGUACACCUUUUCCCUUUCCUUCCAUUUUGUAAAAGCGUUUGGACUGGACACCUUCUUCUGUAUGUAGCAGAGAAGGCCCUUUCAACAGAGAUGGUGUGUUUAACACAUGAGAAGAGAGCUCUGAGUGGCACAUUUGACAUAGCAGAUAGCAUUGGAUUAUUAGUUGAUACUGUAGUGUAUACCGUAUAUCACAGGAGGCUGCUGAGGGGAGGAAGGCUAAUACUAAUGAUUGGAACGGAGCGAAUGGAAGGGCAUCAAACACCUGGAAACCAUGUGUUUGAUGUAUUUGAUACCAUUCCACUUUUUCCGCUCCAGCCAUUACCACGAGCCCGUCCUCCCCAAUUAAGGUGCCACCAACCUCCUGUGCUGUACACCCAAGCCACCCAACAUGAUUACCUCUAACCUUAAUUUUUUUUAAAUAACUGUUUGACAAUAUAUUACAUUACGGGUUGUUUGGAUCCAGGAUGCUGAUUGGUUGAUAUACCAUUACGUAUUAAUCUUAUAAUUCCACUGUUCCCCCGCCCAGGAAGGAAAUUGAUAAACUUCAUCUGCCUUUUGAAAAAAGCAUCUACACAUUAUUUUUUCAUGCUACUAUUUGGUUUGCAACAGUUGGGGGUUGUACAAACAUACCUGCCUGCCUCUACGACCUGUGCAACAAUGUAUCGUUUUACAAAUGCUGUAUCUCCAGUGGCAGUGGGGUAGCUAGAAUGAAUGUGAAACGAAUAAUUCACCAUGGAAACUGUAAACAAUCAGAAUUCCAUGAAUCCAUUAACCAGCACAGGGCGGCCUAUGUAGGCCUAUUGGAUUUUUAUUAAAUCAAGUAGCAGUGCGUGGGUAAAAUCACUGGGGUAGCCAAGCCAGAAAAAAAUGCCAUAUUACAACCUAUGUGUUGUGAUAAGUUCAUAUGCCUUGCCACCGUGAUAUAUAGGCCUAAGGCUGAGACAAUAAGAAGACACACUGGCAGAAUAAAUUCAACCUCACAUUUGUUUAAUUACAAAACCGGAGAGCAACCUCUGUCCGGUGAAGUCCACAAAGCAUAUUGCAUGUAACCAACAGUUACAUGACCUACAGCAUGGUCAAGCAAGUUAAUGUUUCCACCAUUAUCGGACUACUAAAUAACUAUUGAUUUAGAACAGAGAGUUACCGAGUCCCAAAGAAAACAGGAGCUGCCUCCACUAUUCAGCACCAACUUCAACAUUUCAACAUCAUCAAAUCACCUAUGUUUAGUCUAAUACAGUGACAACUAAAAUAUACCAAAGACAAUUUAUUCCAAUCAACAUAAGCUAAAUAUGAUGUGGCUGUCAAUGGUUCUAUGUGUGUGUGCAUGUGUGCAUGCAAGUAGAAAAAACAUGUUGACUCACCCUACUUAUAGAGCAACGCCAAUGCCAUCCUCCUCUCUUUCAUGUUGACGAAACGUUCUAUGACACUGUCUUACAGUACACACUUUAAUUUUUUGUUGUCCUAGGCUACCUAGCUAAAAUGCUUGCUCGCUAGCCUAACUUCCUUUCAUGGGCAACUUUAGCUAGUUAACAAUAGCCUUCUACAUCUACUAUAGCUACAUAUUCCAUCCUCUCAGUCCAGGGGCACAAUGUAUGAAUUGGCCAGUACAGAGAAUUAAGUAAAACCGACAAGUCCAGAUGCAAUAAUUCAAGUUUUUCUGUUAUUAUGAGAAAUAACAGAGAAAUUAUGUAUUUCUCUCGAUGCGAUGUGAAAGGAGUGAAGCCAAAUCUAAACUGGCUUCCCUUGACACUUUUUUUUGGUGCGCCAGGACCAUUCUCAGUUGAGCUCACUCAGAUUAGCUCAACGCUGAUUGGCUAUUAUUUUAUACUUUUUUAUCAAGGGAGGCCAAAUGCUUGUUGGCUUCCCUUGCAUUAAAUGCUAUGAAUGUCAAACUGGCAAAUCGUCAAUACAGAACUAAGACUGAAUCCUACUACACCGGCUCUGACGCUCGUUGGAUGUGGCAGGGCUUGCAAUCUACAGGGCCUUCGGAAAGUAUUCAGACCCCUUGACUUUUUCCACAUUUUGUUAGCUUACAGCCUUAUUCUAAAAUUUAUAAAAAUUGUUUUUGUCCCUCAACAAUCUACACACAAUACCCUAUAAUGACAAAGCAAAAACAGGUUUUUAGAGAUUAUAGCAAAAAAACAUUUACAUAAGUAUUCAGACCCUUUACUCAGUACUUUGUUGAAGCAUCUUUGACAGUGAUUACAGCAUCGAGUCUUCUUGGGUAUGAUACUACAAGCUUGGCACACCUGUAUUUGGAGAGCUUCUCCCAUUCUUCUCUGCAGAUCCUCUCAAGCUCUUUCAGGUUGGAGGGGGAGCGUAGCUGCACAGCUAUUUUCAGGUCUCUCCAGAGAUGUUAGAUCGGGUUCAAGUCUGGGCUCUGACUUGGCCACUCAAAGACUUGUCCCGAAGCCACUCCUGCAUUGUCUUGGCUGUGUGCUUAGGGUUGUUGUCCUGUUGCAAGGUGAAUCUUCACCCCAGUCUGAGGUCCUGAGCACUCUGGAGCAGGUUUUCAUCAAGGAUCUCUCUGCACUUUGCUCUGUUCAUCUUUCCCUCCAUCCUGACUAGCCUCCCAGUCCCUGCCGCUGAAAAACAUCCCUACAGCAUGAAGCUGCAACCACCAUGCUUCACAGUAGGCAUGGUGCCAGGUUUCCUCCAGAUGUGACGCUUGGCAUUCAGGCCAAACAGUUCAUUCUUAGUUUCAUCAGACCGGACAAUCUUGUUUCUCAUGAUCUGAGAGUCUUUAGGUGCCUUUUGGCAAACUCCAAGCGGGAUUUCAUCUGCCUUUUACUGAGCAGUGGCUUCCAUCUGGCCAAUCUACCAUAAACGCCUGAUUGGUAGAGAACUGCAGAGAUGGUUGUCCUUCUGGAAGUUUCUUCCAUCUCCACAGAAUAACUCUAGAGCUCUUUCAGAAUGACCAUCAGGUUCUUGGUUACCUCCCAGACCAAGGCCAGCUUUAGGAAGAGUCUUGGUGGUUCGAAUAAUAUUAAUAUUAAGUUCUGCAGAAUUAAGUGUUCCUCGCAGUAAGAUUAAGAUGAAAACAUCAUGACUGGUUGUGUUUAUAUAUCAUAUACAUUAUAAUCUAGACUACAAUCUGUAUUAUCAAACCAACCUAUCUGAUUCAUAAUAUAACCAUUAUCCUUCACAGAACCAAUAUCUGAUGCUACCAUAACAACUUCCCCAAAUCCUCCAAUCAUCGAGGGGAAUUCUGUCACCUUAACAUGUGAUGCUUCCGGCUCCAUCAUCAGCAGAGAGUGGAUGAUGGAUGGUCAGCCUCUGUCUUCUGGUGACAAUAUCAUCUUCUCUAAGAAUAACAGAGUGCUGUUUAUAAACUCUGCGAAUAGAACAGACAGUGGAGAAUACCUGUGUGGAGUCAGCAACCCUGUCAGCUCUAAAAAUGCCAGUGACACUGUGAAUGUAAACUGUAAGUACUUCCCUAUAAGCCUGGGGAUAAAUGUACCAGAUAAAUGUACCAACUGUACCAUCAAUAGGUGGACAUUAAAAUAAUAAAACAAUGAAUGAACACAAACUUUACACCAACCAUUAUGACUCCAACGUCACACUGAUUACAAACUAAUACACUUGUAGCUAUGACUAACAGGUGAUCUCUGUGUUACAGAUGGACCUGAUGGUAUGGAAAUCAAGGGUCCAACUGAAAUAGAAGUAGGACAGAAGUUUACAUUGACCUGCUCUGCUGACUCCAACCCACCUGCCAACUACACCUGGAUGCUCAAUGGAACAGAGAUACCUGGACAUUCACCUGAGUUCCCUAAAGAGAAGAGUGAAUAGUCUGACAGUGGGGAUUACACCUGUACAGCAACAAAUGAUGUCACUAGAAUCAAAACAUCUGAGGUUCAUAAACUGUCAGUAAAAGGUAAAGUUACCUGAAGCUUUAAAGACAAUAAUUUACAUAAUCAAUAUAUAGUUAAAGUUCUACUUAUGAAGUUUUGCAUUUAAAAGUUGUUUUCAACUAGUGUCUUUACAUUGACAUUUUAAUCAUUUAGCAGAUGUCACCCAUUUGCACUGUAUUGUGUAGUACUGCUUGUUGUCUGCAGCCUUUCUCUCGUCUCUACAUGAUUCUCUCUCUGGUCUCUUCAGUGGAGGGCUCUUUAUCACCAGAUGGACUGUCUUCUGGUGCCAUCGCUGGGAUUGUGUUUGGAGGGUUGCUGGUUGUGGGAGUGGCAGUUGGUGUUUCAGUCUUCUUCAUUAGGAAAAACGGGUGAGUUAAGAAACUUCCCUGCAGUUAGUAGAACAUUUAGGCUCACUGUUCACAUUGAACAAAACUGGUCACAAAUAUGACCUGUAUGUAUUUCAAAAGCACUGUAAACUGUUAAACGCAUUGUAAUAUUAUGUUCUUAUAACUUUACUGUAAACUGUUAAACGCACUGUAAUAUUACGUUCUUUUAAUUUUCUAAACAGUAACCUUUCAUUGUUUAUUUCUUGUUGCAUUCAGAACCAAUGCUGACCCAGUCCAUCAAGGAGGUAACCGCAUACUGUACUGUAUAUUAAAUCUUACAGGCAUAUCUAACUACAUAGCCGUGGGAAGUAGGGGUGCUGAGGGUGCUGCAUCACCCCUGAAAAAUCAGAAUAAAUACAAAAAAAUAUGAUAUAUUUUUUAAUCACAAAGGUAUUACACUGGCCCUUUACUAGUAUUAGCGGACAAAUAUAGAUGUCGGUAGCGCCGGCAAAAAUAUGUUUUCAGCAUCUCUGCUUUGGCAGAAAAGGUAGUUUUAUAAUUAAGAACAGUAUCUUGCAGGAUUCAAUAGUUGGAAUUGUAAGAGUUGUUGCCCUGUCCCUUUCUCUGUGAUUGUCAUUCUAAUGGAAUACAGAAAGAACAAAAUCCUGUCCUCAAACAUUUACAUCAAAAGGUGCAUCAAAAGGUGCAAAGUAAUGGGCAAAGACACCAAACAUCCACAUCAAAUUAAAUAUUUUUCUUGAUCAAAUAACAUGGAAAACAACCACUUUUUGUGAAGUAUUAAUUUACCAUGCUUACGAACCACUUAAUGUAAAUUUACAUUACUGUAUUGUACAUAGCCUGGUCAUCGAAGUUUGUACGUGUAGACUUUCCAUCACCAUGAAGAAAAACAAUGCACAGUAAUUGAGUACAUUGAGACAUUUACAUUUACAUUUACGUCAUUUAGCAGACGCUUUUUUCCAGAGCGACUUACAAAUUGGUGCAUUCACCUUAUGAUAGCCAGUGGGACAACCACUUUACAAAUUGUUUUUUUAUGGUGCGGAAACAGAUUCUCACCACGCCACCUGGUAGGAGCGACCUGUCAGGUAGGACGCAAUCCAAGAGUGAGCCGCACCGGAGAUGCCCAACUCGGAGAGGGUGGAGAGGAGGAUCUGAUGGUUCACAGUAUCAAAGGCAGCAGAUAGGUCUAGAAGGAUGAGAGCAGAGGAGAGAGAGUUAGCUUUAGCAGUGCGGAGAGUCUCCGUGACACAGAGAAGAGCAGUCUCAGUUGAAUGACCAGUCUUGAAACCUGACUGGUUUGGAUCAAGAAGGUCAUUCUGAGAGAGAUAGCAGGAGAGUUGGCUAUAGACGGCACACUCAAGAGUUUUGGAGAGAAAAGAAAGAAGGCAUACUGGUCUGUAGUUGUUGACAUCGGAGGGAUCGAGUGUAGGUUUUUUGAGGAGGGGUGCAACUCUCGCUUUCUUGAAGAUGGAAGGAACAUAGCCAGCGGACAGGAUGAGUUGAUGAGCGAGAUGAGGUUAGGGAGAAGGUCUCCAGAAAUGGUCUGGAGAAGAGAGGAGGGGAUAGGGUCAAGCGGGCAGGUUGUUGGGCGGCCGGCCGUCACAAGUCGCAAGAUUUCAUCUGGAGAGAGAGGGGAGAAAGAAGUCAAAGCAUAGGGUAGGGCAGUGUGAGCAGGACCAGCAGUGUCAUUUGACUUAUUAAAUGAGGAUCGGAUGUCGUCAACCAUCUUUUGAAAAUGAUUGACGAAGUCAUCCACAGAGAGGGAGGAGGGAGGGGGAGGAGGAGGAUUCAGCAGGGAGGAGAAGGUGUCAAAGAGCUUCCUAGGGUUAGAGGCAGAGGCUUGAAAUAUAGAGUGGUAGAAAGUGGCUUUAGCAGCAGAAAAGGAGGAAGAGAAUGUAGAGAGGAGGGAGUGGAAAGAUGACAGGUCCGCAGGGAGUCUAGUUUUCCUCCAUUUCCGCUCGGCUGCCCGGAGCCCUGUUCUGUGAGCUCGCAAUGAAUCGUCAAGCCACGGAGCAGGAGGGGAGGACCGAGCCGGCCGGGAGGAUAGGGGACAUAGAGAAUCAAAAGAUUCAGAGAGGGAGGAGAGGAGGGUUGAGGAGGCAGAAUCAGGAGAUUGGAGGGAGAAGGAUUUAGCAGAGGGAAGAGAUGAUAGGAUGGAAGAGGAGAGAGUAGCGGGAGAGAGAGAGCGAAGGUUGCGACGGAUUAGUAGAAGAACAGCAUCUAGUAAAGAUGAGUUCAAGCGUAUUGCCUGCCUUGUGAGUAGGGGGGGACGGUGUGAGGGUGAGGUCAAAAGAGGAAAGGAGUGGAAAGAAGGAGGCAGAGAGAAAUGAGUCAAAGGUAUAUGUAGGGAGGUUAAAGUCCCCCAGAACUGUGAGCCAUCCUCAGGAAAGGAACCUAUCAAGGCGUCAAGCUCAUUGAUGAACUCUCCAAGGGAAUCAAAGGACAUCAAGUGGUUUGUGAUGAUGUGAUGUGAUGAUAUGGCUCAGUUGGUAGAGCAUGUCGCUUACAGUGCUAGGGUUGUGGGUUUGAUUGCCUCAGGGGACCAGUAUGAAAAUGUAUGCACUCACUGCUGUGGGUUGCUCUGGUUAAGAGCAUCUACUAAAAGGAAUGAAUAGAUCAUUUCAGCUUUCACAUAAAAUAAGUUGCCUUUGCAAAGUAUUUCAAGAAACUAGAAAAUAUAUAUCAAGCAAGUAUUUUUAUAUUCCACAGGUAUUAUCAGAUUAACUGUUUUGUACAGAUAAUUAUCAGACUCAAGUUACAAAUGCUGGUAAAAACUCAAAAACAUGUAGUUUUUUAAAAAUCACAAAAGUAGUGCACUGGGCAUUUACUAGUCCUGUAUUAGCGGACGAAUAUAGACCUUUCAGCACGGGCACCAUUUUUUAUUCUGUACCCCCGCCCCAAACUACUUCCCGCGGCUAUGUCUAAUUAUAUAUAUAUAUACCCCUGCUCAAAAAAAUAAAGGGAACACUUAAACAACACAAUGUAACUCCAAGUCAAUCACACAUCUGUGAAAUCAAACUGUCCACUUAGGAAGCAACACUGAUUGACAAUACAUUUCACAUGCUGUUGUGCAAAUGGCAUAGACAACAGGUGGAAAUUAUUGGCAAUUAGCAAGACACCCCCAAUAAAGGAAUGGUUUUGCAGAUGGUGACCACAGACCACUUCUCAGUUCCUAUGCUUCCUGGCUGAUGUUUUGGUCACUUUUGAAUGCUGGCGGUGCUUUCACUCUAGUGGUAGCAUGAGACGGAGUCUACAACCCACACAAGUGGCUCAGGUAGUGCAGCUCAUCCAGGAUGGCACAUCAAUGCGAGCUGUGGCAAGAAGGUUUGCUGUGUCUGUCAGCGUAGUGUCCAGAGCAUGGAGGCGCUAUCAGGAGACAGGCCAGUACAUCAGGAGACAUGGAGGAGGCCGUAGGAGGGCAACAACCCAGCAGCAGGACUGCUACCUCCGCCUUUGUGCAAGGAGGAGCAGGAGGAGCACUGCCAGAGUCCUGCAAAAUGACCUCCAGCAGGCCACAAAUGUGCAUGUGUCUGCUCAAACGGUCAGAAACAGACUCCAUGAGGGUGGUAUGAGGGCCCGACGUCCACAGGUGGGGAUUGUGCUUACAGCCCAACACCGUGCAGGACGUUUGGCAUUUGCCAGAGAACACCAAGAUUGGCAAAUUCGCCACUGGCGCCCUGUGCUCUUCACAGAUGAAAGCAGGUUCACACUGAGCACAUGUGACAGACGUGACAGAGUCUGGAGACGCCGUGGAGAACAUUCUGCUGCCUGCAACAUCCUCCAGCAUGACCGGUUUGGCGGUGGGUCAGUCAUGGUGUGGGGUGGCAUUUCUUUGGGGGGGCCGCACAGCCCUCCAUGUGCUCGCCAGAGGUAGCCUGACUGCCAUUAGGUACCGAGAUGAGAUCCUCAGACCCCUUGUGAGACCAUAUGCUGGGUGCGGUUGGCCCUGGGUUCCUCCUAAUGCAAGACAAUGCUAGACCUCAUGUGGCUGGAGUGUGUCAGCAGUUUCCUGCAAGAGGAAGGCAUUGAUGCUAUGGACUGGCCCGUCCGUUCCCCAGACCUGAAUCCAAUUGAGGCACAUCUGGGACAAUCAUGACUCGCUCCAUCCACCAACGCCACGUUGCACCACAGACUGUCCAGGAGUUGGCGGAUGCUUUAGUCCAGGUCUGGGAGGAGAUCCCUCAGGAGACGAUCCGCCACCUCAUCAGGAGCAUGCCCAGGCGUUGUAGGGAGGUCAUACAGGCAUGUGGAGGCCACACACACUACUGAGCCUCAUUUUGACUUGUUUAAGGACAUUACAAUCAAAGUUGGAUCAGCCUGUAGUGUGGUUUUCCACUUUAAUUUUGAGGGUGACUCCAAAUCCAGACCUCCAUGGGUUGAUAAAUGUGAUUUCCAUUGAUAAUUUUUUGUGUGAUUUUUGUUGUCAGCACAUUCAACUAUGAAAGAAAAAGAUUUAAUAAGAUUAUGUCAUUCAUUCAGAUCUAGGAUGGUUAUUUAGUGUUCCUUUAUUUUUUGAGCAGUGUAUUUAUGUUUGUUUACUCCACAUUUACAUUGACAUUUUAGGCCUAGAUUCAAUCAGAUGAAGCAUUUAAACCGGGUGAUAGCCAACACCCGCCUAGCUGAUGUUUUGGCAGGUUGGAGGUGUAACUGCGUUGGAGCUGUGAAAUUGGUAAAACCAGCUUCUUUGUGAUCAUUGUACAAAGCCACACUCAUCCCACUCAGUUAGAAGUUCAGAAAGAGAAAAAUGUAGGCUAUAUAGAAAUAAUGACUCAAAUUGAAAAUCAUUAAAAAUAUUGAGGGAUUUUUAUCAGCCUAAUCCAGGUGUAGAUUAUAUCUUCCCCUUCCAGGCUCGAAUUUGUAAAGAAGGCUGCAUGGAUUUUCUUAAGCAACUCCGUGCAGCCAAUGGCAAUGUUCGCUUUAGUAAACAGGAGCCGUUUUGGUUGACAGUCUAAUGGGCAGUUCCAACCCGGACUUUACCCACGCUUAACUAAGUGCUCAUGUGAAGGCUCAGUGGUAUGAGGGCAUGCAUGUCGCUUACAGUGCUAGGGUUGUGGUUUGAUGCCUCAGGGACCAGUAUGAAAUGUUGCACUCACUGCUGUGGGUGCUCUGGUUAGAGCAUCUACUAAAAGAAUGAAUAGAUCAUUCAGCUUCACAAAAUAAGUUGCCUUUGCAAAGUAUUUCAAGAAACUAGAAAAAUAUAUCAGCAAUUAUUUGAUAUCCACAGUAUUAUCAGAUUAACUGUUUGUACAGAUAUUAUCAGACUCAAGUUACAAAUGCUGGUAAAACUCAAAACAUGUAGUUUUUUUAAAAAUCACAAAAGUAGUGCACUGGGCAUUUACUAGUCCUGUAUUAGCGACGAAUAUAGACCUUCAGCACGGGCACCAAUUUUUAUUCUGUACCCCGCCCCAAACUACUUCCCGCGGCUAUGUCUAAUUAUAUAUAUAUAUACCCUGCUCAAAAAAAUAAAGGGAACACUUAAACAACACAAUGUAACUCCAAGUCAAUCACACUUCUGUGAAAUCAAACUGUCCACUUAGGAAGCAACACUGAUUGACAAUACAUUUCACAUGCUGUUGUGCAAAUGGAAUAGACAACAGGUGGAAAUUAUAGGCAAUUAGCAAGACACCCCCAAUAAAGGAAUGGUUUUGCAGAUGGUGACCACAGACCACUUCUCAGUUCCUAUGCUUCCUGGCUGAUGUUUUGGUCACUUUUGAAUGCUGGCGGUGCUUUCACUCUAGUGGUAGCAUGAGACGGAGUCUACAACCCACACAAGUGGCUCAGGUAGUGCAGCUCAUCCAGGAUGGCACAUCAAUGCGAGCUGUGGCAAGAAGGUUUGCUGUGUCUGUCAGCGUAGUGUCCAGAGCAUGGAGGCGCUAUCAGGAGACAGGCCAGUACAUCAGGAGACAUGGAGGAGGCCGUAGGAGGGCAACAACCCAGCAGCAGGACUGCUACCUCCGCCUUUGUGCAAGGAGGAGCAGGAGGAGCACUGCCAGAGCCCUGCAAAAUGACCUCCAGCAGGCCACAAAUGUGCAUGUGUCUGCUCAAACGGUCAGAAACAGACUCCAUGAGGGUGGUAUGAGGGCCCGACGUCCACAGGUGGGGGUUGUGCUUACAGCCCAACACCGUGCAGGACGUUUGGCAUUUGCCAGAGAACACCAAGAUUGGCAAAUUCGCCACUGGCGCCCUGUGCUCUUCACAGAUGAAAGCAGGUUCACACUGAGCACAUGUGACAGACGUGACAGAGUCUGGAGACGCCGUGGAGAACGUUCUGCUGCCUGCAACAUCCUCCAGCAUGACCGGUUUGGCGGUGGGUCAGUCAUGGUGUGGGGUGGCAUUUCUUUGGGGGGCCGCACAGCCCUCCAUGUGCUCGCCAGAGGUAGCCUGACUGCCAUUAGGUACCGAGAUGAGAUCCUCAGACCCCUUGUGAGACCAUAUGCUGGUGCGGUUGGCCCUGGGUUCCUCCUAAUGCAAGACAAUGCUAGACCUCAUGUGGCUGGAGUGUGUCAGCAGUUCCUGCAAGAGGAAGGCAUUGAUGCUAUGGACUGGCCCGUCCGUUCCCCAGACCUGAAUCCAAUUGAGCACAUCUGGGACAUCAUGACUCGCUCCAUCCACCAACGCCACGUUGCACCACAGACUGUCCAGGAGUUGGCGGAUGCUUUAGUCCAGGUCUGGGAGGAGAUCCCUCAGGAGACGAUCCGCCACCUCAUCAGGAGCAUGCCCAGGCGUUGUAGGGAGGUCAUACAGGCAUGUGGAGGCCACACACACUACUGAGCCUCAUUUUGACUUGUUUAAGGACAUUACAUCAAAGUUGGAUCAGCCUGUAGUGUGGUUUUCCACUUUAAUUUUGAGGGUGACUCCAAAUCCAGACCUCCAUGGGUUGAUAAAUGUGAUUUCCAUUGAUAAUUUUUGUGUGAUUUUGUUGUCAGCACAUUCAACUAUGAAAGAAAAAAGUAUUUAAUAAGAUUAUGUCAUUCAUUCAGAUCUAGGAUGUGUUAUUUUAGUGUUCCCUUUAUUUUUUUGAGCAGUGUAUUUAUGUUUGUUUACUCCACAUUUACAUUGACAUUUUAGGCCUAGAUUCAAUCAGAUGAAGCAUUAACCGGUGAUAGCCAACACCCGCCUAGCUGAUGUUUUGGCAGGUUGGAGGUGUAACUGCGUUGGAGCUGUGAAAUUGGUAAGCAGCUGCUCUUGUGAUCAUUGUCACAAAGCCACACUCAUCCCACUCACGUUAGAAGUUCAGAACGAGAAAGUGUAGGCUAUAUAGAAAUAAUGACUCAAAUUGAAAAUCAUUAAAAUAUUUGAGGAUUUUUAUCAGCCUAAUCCAGGUGUAGAUUAUAUCUCCCAUUCCAGUGCUCGAAUUUGUAAAGAAGGCUGCAUGGGAUUUCUCUUAAUGCAACUCCGUGCAGCCAAUGGCAAUGUUCGCUUUAGGUAUAAUGCAAGGAGCCGCUUGUGGAUUUGACAGCUCUAAUGCAGUUCCAACCCGACACCGCUUAAACCAACCAUAAUGUGGAUGUUGGCUAAAGCAGAUCUGAUUGAAUAGAGCCCUUAAUCAUUUAGCACACACUCUUAUCCAGAGCAACUUACAGUUUCCACAGAAAAAUGAAUUCAGAUAAAUUACAUGAUCUAGUAACACCAUGUUUUGUACACUCACUGACUGAGUUAAUUAAGGACACCUUCCUAAUUAUAACAAAAUAUCAGCAUCUGUGCAACCCCCUUUACUUGUGCAUCUUCUACAGGCUCUCAGCAACAUGUAUAUGAGAACCCAUCACCUGUGUAUGAGAACACAAGACAAAAUCAAUCUCCACCUUUACCCCUGACAGUAAGUAAGACCUGGUCACCUGGGAUGUGUCUGUGCACGUCUGUAUUCUAUUACAGACUUACUGUAAUAACCAGGAUAACUUUGCUGAUGUACAGUGUUAAAAAAUACUGUAUGCCAAGACUGUUUGGUUAUGACAGUCUUCUCCAGGAAGUUUUUGUUAUGGCACUUCAGUCUCUGGCCCUUUCAUGUAAUCAUUAACAUAUGAUCACUAUCAAAGUUUUUAGGACUUUGGUUUCAUAUUUUGUCAUGGCAACUGUUGGUGUGGCUGUUGCCUUUUAUGUAAUGCCAUUUUUUUAUCUCUAAUUAUGAAAUACAGGACUCCAAGAAUAUCUAUGAUACUAGGAUAAUGGUAAGUUUUAUGUUAGACCACAAGGUACCAUGUGACUGCAAUACUGUAAAAAAUGUAUUUAUGUGUUGUUUGUAAGGUCUUCAUGCUGUGUCACUGCUGAUAAAUGGAAGUUAAUGUUCCUUUCUUUUCUCCCUCACCAAUCUAACAGUAAAGGCUCUGUCGUAGCCGGCCGCG